UAAUGUUUCACAACGAACCGGCGUGCGGUGCCGUGACUUUCACGGGUUGACUGACAUCCAGUGGGGGGUUGUGUAAACGGAGCUAAACCCGUCCUGUCCACCACCAAAAUGCGACUUCUAAAAGCAGGGCUAACCUUAGGUCAAAUACAUUUAAGGAAACCGGGAACACUAACAUUCAAAAAGGUGUUGAUGAACAGUUCUCGGUCGUGCUCCUCUGGUAUCGUUCCCAAUGAAAGAAUCCGCAACAUCGGAAUCUCGGCGCACAUCGACUCGGGGAAGACCACACUCACCGAGCGCGUCCUCUUCUACACGGGCAGAAUAGCAGAGAUCCAUGAGGUAAAGGGAAAGGAUGGAGUCGGGGCCACCAUGGACUCGAUGGAGCUGGAGAGGCAGAGAGGCAUCACCAUCCAGUCAGCUGCCACAUACACCGUCUAUAAGGAUUACAACAUCAACAUCAUCGACACCCCAGGCCAUGUAGACUUCACCAUCGAGGUGGAGCGAGCCCUGCGUGUUUUGGACGGGGCGAUCCUGGUCCUAUGUGCGGUUGGAGGGGUCCAGUGCCAGACCCUGACCGUCAACAGACAGAUGAAACGCUACAAUGUUCCCUUCCUCACCUUCAUCAACAAGCUGGACCGCAUGGGAGCCAACCCCAACCGCGCCCUGCAGGCCAUGAGGACCAAGCUGAACCACAACGCAGCCUUUGUGAACAUCCCCAUCGGUCUGGAGGGGAACAUGAAGGGGAUCAUAGACCUCAUAGAGGAGCGCAGCAUGUACUUCGAGGGCCCAUUCGGACAGAAUAUCCGGUUGGAUGAGAUCCCGGCAGAGUUCCGUGUGGAGGCUGCAGACAGGAGACAGGAGCUGGUGGAGUGUGUGGCUAACGCUGACGAGACACUGGGAGAGAUGUUUCUGGAGGAGAGGAUCCCCACCUUGCCAGAACUCAAGGCAGCCAUACGCAGGGCCACAGUGCAGCGCCUCUUCAGCCCCGUGCUGGUGGGAACUGCCCUGAAGAACAAAGGGGUCCAGCCACUAUUGAACGCAGUGCUGGAUUAUCUGCCCAACCCCACAGAGGUCAACAACUAUGCCCUCUUCAACGAUGAAGAGUCCAGUGACAGCAAUAAGAUCCUGAUGGAUCCCACCAGAGACGCCUCGCAGCCCUUCGUUGGCCUGGCCUUCAAACUGGAGGCAGGUCGGUUUGGUCAGCUGACGUACGUGCGUGUGUACCAGGGCUGUCUGAAGAAGACUGAGUACAUCAUCAACACACGCACAGGCAAGAAGGUCCGCGUGCAGAGGCUAGUGCGUCUCCAUGCUGACCAGAUGGAGGAUGUGGAGGAGGUGUAUGCAGGAGACAUCUGUGCCCUAUUUGGGAUCGACUGUGCCAGCGGAGACACCUUCACCUCCCGGACCAGCGCCAACCUCUCCAUGGAGUCCAUCCACAUACCAGAGGCUGUCAUCUCCAUGUCUAUGAAGCCGUCCAACAAGAAUGACAUGGAUAAGUUCUCUAAAGGCAUCAACCGCUUCACCAGAGAAGACCCCACGUUCAGGGUCCACUUUGACACAGAAAGCAAGGAGACUAUCAUCUCUGGUAUGGGAGAGCUGCACCUGGAGAUCUACUCACAGAGGAUGGAGAGGGAGUAUAACUGCCCCUGUGUGAUGGGAAAGCCCAAGGUAGCCUUCAGGGAGAGCGUGACCAGUGCGGUACCGUUUGACUUCACCCAUAAGAAGCAGUCUGGUGGUUCUGGGCAGUACGGUAAAGUGAUAGGAGUUCUUGAGCCUUUGGACCAAGAAAACUACACAAAAGUGGAGUUUGAAGACCAGACUGUCGGAACCAACAUCCCUAAACAGUUUGUGCCGGCUGUUGAGAAGGGAUUCAGAGAGGCGUGUGAGAAAGGCCCUCUGACUGGUCACAAGAUCUCAGGCGUCAAGUUCCUAUUGGAAGACGGAGCACAUCACAUGGUGGACUCGAAUGAGAUCUCCUUCAUCCGUGCAGGGGAGGGCGCUCUUAAACAAGCCAUGGAGAAGGCCAACGUUGCCGUGCUGGAGCCAAUCAUGUCAGUAGAAAUUGUGGCGCCCGAUGAGUUCCAAGGGACAGUCAUAGCCGGGGUCAACCGUCGCCAUGGCGUUAUCAGUGGGCAGGAUGGGGCGGAGGGCUACUUUACGUUGUAUGCUGAUAUUCCACUGAAUGACAUGUUUGGCUACGCCACAGAGCUCCGGUCCUGUACAGAGGGGAAAGGAGAGUACACCAUGGAGUACAGCAGAUACCAGCCCUGUCUGCCAGGCACUCAGGAGGAGCUCAUCAACAAAUACCUGGAGUCAACGGGACAGCUGCCUGCCAAGAAGGGGAAGUGGAAGAACUGAGCGUGAACAACACACAAUCACUGAAUUGUAAACACAUUACAGUACUACAAUGGAAUGCUCGACAAACACACACAAACAUACACAGUGCUCAAUCAACUGUAAACAUACUGGGCUCUGCCUUACCAAGGUGGGUGUAAUAUAUCGUAUGUGCAUUCAAAAUGCUACAAAUGAUCAGACAGAGAUGACCAAGUGAAUUCCCUUGAUUCACCCCCUCGUUUUUCCCCACACUGUCCUAAAGUAUCUAUUUAUUACUGACUUUAUUUCCAUUCGGCCUCUUCUCUCCAGCAAACAGCCUUGUCCCACAGCCUAGCAGUUUUUAUGACGACUUGAGGCAAGCUCAAAGUUUGGACUUAAACUUGGGCAUGUAAUUAACUGGUUUUGUACUAUGUACAGCAUAUGUUGUAAUGAUGAUUAAAUAAGAUUGAUAUAAUACAUCAUUUCA